CGCACCGCCGCCCGCGCCCGCCCGCUUACCGGACCAUGGCCCACGCGGAGCGCACCUUCAUCGCCAUCAAGCCCGACGGCGUGCAGCGCGGCCUGGUGGGCGAGAUCAUCAAGCGCUUCGAGCAGAAGGGAUUCCGCCUUGUGGCCAUGAAGUUCCUUCAGGCCUCUGAGGAACUCCUGAAGCAGCACUACAUUGACCUGAAAGACCGCCCAUUCUUCCCAGGGCUGGUGAGGUACAUGAACUCUGGGCCAGUUGUGGCCAUGGUCUGGGAGGGCCUGAAUGUAGUGAAGACAGGGAGAGUGAUGCUUGGGGAGACCAACCCAGCGGAUUCUAAGCCGGGCACCAUUCGUGGCGACUUCUGCAUUCAAGUUGGCAGGAACAUCAUUCAUGGCAGUGAUUCAGUAAAAAGUGCUGAGAAAGAAAUCAGCCUGUGGUUUAAGCCUGAAGAACUGGUUGAGUACAAGUCUUGUGCUUUUGACUGGAUUUAUGAAUAAGAGGUGGAAGGAGCAUCAGUCCCCUCUGGCACCACCUGAUGUGUCCCUGGGCACAGCUCUUCAUUCCACUAACUUGGAAGCAGGAGGAUGGAUGUUUCUUUCCUGAAGUAUAUCCACCAAUAAAGCCUUUGAAAACGGG